UUUUUGUAGAGUGUUGUUUGAACGAAUCAUUACAAGGAGUCAGUUUCUCUCAAGAAAGGAUUUCAAGUAGACAGGCACCUGUUCCUAGACAUGAGCUCCGGGACAGCCAACGGCAGCAGUAUGGAACUGGGGGAGUGCAUCCAAAACACGGGCUUCCAUGAGGAUGACAAGACAGAGGAUGCUGUUGGUGGAGACGAAGAGAACAGGACUUCGACGGUCAGGAUGUCCCCGGGGAGAGAGGAGGAUACUUAUACCCAAAUCAAACCUUACGCGGGCAUGCCUAAAGAGGUCCUGCUUUUAUAUUCAGUCCAAGCUCGCUACCGACUGCCCCGGGAGAUCCUUUUCUGGCUGACCAUUGUGUGCACCUUGGCGUUGGUUGCACUGACCAUCACGGUGAUCGUUAUGUCUCCCCGUUGCCUCAGCUGGUGGCAGUCUUCUCCAGUGUACCAGAUAUACCCACGUUCCUUCAAGGACUCAGACAGCGAUGGUAUCGGAGACCUCAAAGGCAUCUUGGAUAAACUGGAUCACUUUCAGUACCUGAACAUCAAGGCCAUCUGGAUCAGUCCGUUCUACAAGUCUCCCAUGAAGGACUUUGGCUAUGAUGUGGAAGACUUUAGAGACAUCGAUCCACUCUUUGGCUCCAUGCAAGACUUUGAUGACCUCCUCGCUGCCAUGCAUGACAAAGGGUUGAAGUUGAUCAUGGAUUUUAUCCCUAACCAUACCAGUGACACGCACCAGUGGUUCAACCUCAGCAGUAGUGGACAUGCACAGUACAAAGACUACUAUAUCUGGGCCAACUGCAAUACUACCCACGCCCCCAACAACUGGGUGAGUGUGUUUGGGAACUCCUCCUGGACGUAUGUUGAGGAGAGGCAGCAGUGUUACUACCACCAGUUCCUCAAGGAGCAACCCGACCUCAACUUCCGCAACCCACAUGUUCGUAGAGAGAUGACUGUAAGAUAUUGCUCAUGCACACACGCACAAUAUGUGGCCGAUUUAAAGACCUGUUCCGAACUUUGGCGACUAGAGAUCGUUCGUUUCUGGCUGGAGAAGGGAGUGGAUGGGUUCCGUAUGGACGCUGUGAAGCACAUCCUAGAGGCCAAGCACCUGAGGGAUGAGCCCCAAGUGGACCCACAACAAGAUCCUGAUACAAUUGACACAGAGUUUGAGCUCCACCAUGACUACACCACCACCCAGUUAGGGCUGCAUGAUAUCCUGCAGGCCUGGAGGGGAGAAAUGGACGUCUACAGUAGAGAGCCAGGCCGAUACAGGUUUAUGGUAGCUGAGUCCUAUGACUAUGAGGAGACUGACAAGACCAUGAUGUACUAUGGGACACCCCAUGUUAAAGAGAGCGACUUCCCUUUCAACUUCUAUCUGAUGGACCUGCCAACUAAUCUGACUGGAACUGGGGCUCAAGGCCUGGUCAAUCUGUGGAUGGCCAACAUGCCAGUGGGGAAAUGGCCAAACUGGGUGGUUGGGAACCAUGAUAAACCUCGUAUCUCCUCCAGUGUUGGCCAGGAGUACAUUAAAGUGAUCAACAUGCUACUGCUCACCCUGCCUGGCACACCCACCACUUACUAUGGAGAGGAGAUAGGCAUGGUGAACAUCAAUGUGACCAUUGACGAGAUCCAGGACCCCUUUGGAAAGUUUAACCCUAAUGCCAGUCGUGACCCUCAGAGGUCCCCCAUGCAGUGGAGUGAUGGGCCGAAUGCUGGCUUCAGUGAUGCCAAUCAUACCUGGCUGCCUUUGCACCCACACCACACCACAGUUAAUGUGGAGGCUCAGCAGAAAGACAGCGGGUCAGUUCUGUCUCAGUACCGGGCCCUGAGUCUCCUGCGACAGACUCAGCUGCCUCUCCAUCGGGGUUGGAUGUGCUACAUCUGGAGCGACGCGGAUGUCUUUGCCUUUCUGAGGGAGAUAGACGGCCUGGACAAGGCCUUCCUCGUGGUGCUCAACUUUGGAGCGGACUCUGUUAUAAACCUCUCGGCCAUAACAGAGCUGCCGGAGCAGCUAACACUUCAUAUGAGCACCAACCAGGAAAACUAUGGGAUGCCGGUGAUUAAAUCUUCAAUUGCCACGGCGCGAGGGGAGGGGCUGCUACUUGAGUACUCCACCCACAUGCGGUUCAACCCUGGCCACGCCUCCCAGUGUUUUGUCUCAGAGAAGGCCUGCUACCUGGGAGCCUUGGACAUUCUGUAUAAGUGCUGAGUACUGCAGCCUCAGAGUGGGAGGAGAAAUCGCCAUGUCCUCGGCAAUCAAAUGUGUUAUGAGACUGGCUGUGAUUGAGUCAGUGUAUGUUCAAAUAAGUUGACUGUUUGUUCAAAAUGUUUGUUCUCAUUAAAAACAGCAUUCAUUUUC